UAAAUACUGAAUCUUGCAUGCAACAUUUCAUAGUAAACACUAAGACCAAAACCUCUUCUUUCUAUCCAUGACUGCUAGGGCUAGUUGCCCCAAAAUGGGGCAUUUUUGGCCACAAAUGGCAAUGGCAUUGGCCAUUGUUUUGAUUUCUACUACUAUGGUUUCUGCUUCUGAUAGCUACAUUUACUCUUCGCCUCCACCACCUUAUGAGUACAAGUCCCCACCACCGCCGUCUCCCUCACCACCUCCUCCUUAUGUGUAUAAGUCACCACCUCCCCCAUCCUCGUCACCCCCACCACCAUAUGAGCACAAGGCUCCAUCUUAUGAGUACAAGUCACCACCACCACCAACUUCUUCACCACCACCUCCUUAUGUAUACAAGUCACCACCACCACCAUCUCCUUCACCGUCACCUCCUUAUGUGUACAAGUCACCACCACCUCCAUCCCCAUCACCCCCACCUCCUUACGUGUACAAGUCACCACCACCACCCUCGCCUUCCCCGCCCCCACCAUACUAUUACAAGUCUCCUCCACCACCCUCGCCUUCCCCACCGCCACCAUACUAUUACAAGAGUCCUCCACCACCCUCUCCUUCACCUCCACCUCCUUACUACUAUAAAUCGCCUCCACCACCCUCACCUUCCCCUCCCCCACCAUACUAUUACAAGUCUCCUCCACCACCAUCUCCCUCACCACCUCCUCCAUAUUACUACAAGUCUCCCACACCACCUUCACCCUCCUCUCCACCCCCAUAUAUACACAAGGAUCCACCAUACUAUUACAAGUCCCCACCACCCCCUUCACCAUCUCCUCCACCACCAUACUACUAUAAAUCUCCCCCACCACCCUCACCCUCUCCACCCCCACCUUACUAUUACAAGUCUCCUCCACCACCUUCACCAUCUCCUCCACCACCAUACUAUUACAAAUCUCCUCCUCCUCCAUCUCCUAUUCCCCAUACACCUUACUAUUACAAAUCUCCCCCACCACCUUCACCAUCUCCUCCACCACCAUACUAUUACAAAUCUCCUCCUCCUCCAUCUCCUAUUCCCCAUACACCUUACUAUUACAAAUCUCCCCCACCACCUUCACCAUCUCCUCCACCACCAUACUAUUACAAAUCUCCUCCUCCUCCAUCUCCUAUUCCCCGUACCCCUUACUAUUACAAAUCUCCCCCACCACCUUCACCAUCUCCUCCACCACCAUACUAUUACAAAUCUCCUCCUCCUCCAUCUCCUAUUCCCCGUACACCUUACUAUUACAAAUCUCCCCCACCACCUUCACCAUCUCCUCCACCACCAUACUACUACAAAUCCCCUCCUCAUCCAUCUCCCAUUCCCCAUACACCUUACUAUUACACAUCUCCCCCACCACCUUCACCGUCUCCUCCACCACCAUAUUACUACAAAUCUCCUCCCCCUCCGUCUCCUAUUCCCCACACACCUUACUACUACAAGUCCCCACCACCACCAAAGGUCCUUCCACCACCAUACUAUUACAAUUCUCCUCCUCCACCUGUUGUGUAUCCUCACCCAUAUCCCUACCACCACUCACUUAUUGUGAGGGUAGUCGGUAAAGUCUACAGCUUCAGAUGUUAUGAUUGGAAUUAUCCUGCAAAGUCUCAUAACAAGAAACAUCUCAAAGGAGCUGUUGUUGAGGUGACAUGCAAAGCCGGGAGCAAAAUUGUCAAGGCUUAUGGAAAAACUAAGAACAAUGGAAAGUAUGCCAUCACAGUUAAGGACUUUGACUAUGUCAAAUAUGGUUCGACAGUGUGCAAGGCUACCCUUUAUGCUCCACCUAAGGGUUCACCCUUCAACAUUCCUACAAAGCUAAAUCAAGGAACAAAGUUGUACUUGAAAUCCAAAGACAAGUACGAGGUUGUGCUCAAGGCUAAGCCAUUUGCUUAUGCUUCAAAGAAACAUUUCAAAGAAUGUGAGAAGCCUAAGCCUUCACCAACUCCUUUCUACAACUCACCACCUCCACCCGUCCAUUAUUACUCACCUCCAUAUUACUACAAGUCACCCCCUCCCCCUGUGAAAGCGGCACCAACUCCUUACUACUACAAAUCACCUCCACCACCCGCACCGGUUUACAAGUACAACUCCCCACCUCCACCAGUCCAUUAUUAUUCACCACCAUAUACCUACAAGUCACCUCCUCCACCUGUGAAAACGGCACCAACUCCUUACUACUAUAAAUCACCUCCACCACCCGCACCGGUUUACAAGUACAACUCCCCACCUCCACCGGUCCAUUAUUAUUCACCACCAUAUACCUACAAGUCACCUCCUCCACCUGUGAAAACGGCACCAACUCCUUACUACUAUAAAUCACCUCCACCACCCGCACCGGUUUACAAGUACAACUCCCCACCUCCACCGGUCCAUUAUUAUUCACCACCAUAUACCUACAAGUCACCUCCUCCCCCUGUGAAAGUAGCACCAACUCCAUACUACUACAAAUCACCUCCACCUCCUGCACCGGUUUAUAAGUACAACUCACCUCCUCCACCAGUCCAUUAUUAUUCUCCUCCAUACUACUAUAAGUCACCACCCCCACCAUCACCAUCCCCUCCUCCACCUUAUUAUUACAAAUCUCCUCCUCCACCGAAAGAGAUUUCACACCCUCCAUACUACUAUAAGUCACCACCCCCACCAUCCCCAUCACCUCCUCCACCAUACUAUUACAAGUCCCCCCCUCCACCAUCACCAUCUCCACCACCACCAUACUAUUACAAGUCACCACCUCCACCAUCCCCAUCCCCUCCUCCACCAUAUUACUAUAAGUCACCAGCUCCACCAUCCCCAUCCCCUCCUCCACCAUACUAUUAUAAGUCCCCACCUCCACCGUCACCAGCUCCACCACCACCUUACUAUUAUAAGUCACCACCCCCACCAUCACCAUCCCCUCCCCCUCCAUAUUAUUACAAAUCUCCUCCACCACCAUCCCCAUCACCACAACAUCCCUACUAUUACAAAUCACCUCCACCACCAUCGCCAUCACCACCACCUCCCUACUAUUACAAAUCACCUCCACCACCAUCACCAUCGCCUCCACCUCCAUACUACUACAAAAGCCCCCCUCCACCUUCUCCCUCUCCUCCUCCCCCAUAUUACUACAAAUCUCCACCACCACCAUCACCAUCACCACCCCCUCCCUACUAUUACAAAUCACCUCCACCACCGUCACCAUCACCGCCACCUCCUUACUAUUACAAAUCUCCCCCACCUCCAUCUCCAUCUCCACCACCUCCUUAUCACUAUCAAAGUCCUCCUCCACCAUCUCCCAUUUCUCAUCCUCCCUACUACUACAAAUCCCCUCCACCACCGUCUCCAUCUCCUCCACCUCCGUACCAUUACGUGAGUCCUCCCCCACCAGUAAAGUCUCCUCCACCAUCAGUUUACGUUUAUGCUUCUCCACCACCACCCAUCUACCAUUAAUCUCGGAACACCAAAGCACCAUUGAUGAUAAAUCAUGUUCUAGCUUUCACCAAGGAAUAAAGAAAAGCUCCAAUUGGAGCAAAGUGAAACAUAUAGCUUCUUUUAGAAAUUCUUUAAAUAAAAGUCUGAACGCAUCAUCUUUGAGCUACAAUAUUCGUUAUUCAGAUGAGAUUGAGUUCAUUUCUUUGACGGCCAUCUUGCACUUUCUAAUCUUAUUGGGUUCAAGUGAAAGACAAAUCAAGAAGUGGAAGCGAUAUUAAUUUAUUUGUGAUCUCUUUGAUUUAUUUGUGCAUAGAUGGUCAUGUAUGAUAUUUCUUUUCUGUUUAUUGAGAUUUGUAGUACUGCACCUUCUGUUUUAAAAAAGAAAUACUAGCAAUAAAAAAUCACAUUCAAUUUCUCUCACCUA